AUAGUCAAUUGAAAUAAGAAAAAAGAUGUAUUGAUAUCGGAAUUCUGUACUGGUGAUGCAGAAAAAAAUCAAAAAAUGGACUUAAAAUCGAUCAUUCAUUUAAAUUUAAGUUGGAGCAUGGUUUGAUUGUCAAAAAAAUAAAAAAUAAAUCUUCUCUUCUUCUUUUAUUAUGGCAUAAUGGCUAAUGUUGCCAUUUGCCAUAUGCAAACUUCGUUUGAUGUGAUUGGGUAGUAAAUCGAUCAAAUGAUUGAAAUACUAAUAAAUUUUAGUAAAUAUUUGUUUCUUAGGUUUUCACGCACAUCACUCAUUAAAUAAAACUAGUUUUUACGGGUUAAUGCACGAAAACUUUAUUUAUUUAUUGAGUCUGAACCUGAUUCUGAACUAGCGUGCACUGUGGCUGUACCCUUAGAAAUCCGACAUAAGUUUUUUUUGUUCUGUGGCUGUUUCCGUUUCACACAGAAAUUUCGCCGACAUUGUUAGAUCAGCCAAAAUCAGCUGAUAAACUUGUCAUGUGUCACUGUCAGGCCGUAAUGUGAUGAUAACAAAUUGAUUCUGAUGUUUAAUUGAUUGUAAUCAAUUUUAUAGUAAAAAUACAUUAACUCACAUUAGUUUGGCGAAUCCGUGUCAGUUCAGUGUGUUUGUUCAUUUAUUAUUUAUUGCCAGCCAUACCAAAUAGUUAAUAAUCUAUUUUAUAUUCUUUUCCUGAUUGCCUAUAUAACUACUAUAAAUCCAUAGCACUUUUGUAUAAAAAUUAUCAUUCUGUGAGACAGUGACUACUUUUAGUAUGUCUGUGUAUAGUGUUCAGGUUUAUAUUUGUCUCUGAAUAAGCUCGAAAUUAAAAAUGAGAAAAAGGUGUAAGUCAAUUUUAACACAGCAAUUGGAUAUACGGAAUGAGUUGAAUUGUCAGCAUUGCGGUAAGGAGUUUAAGUAUGAGAGCGAAAGAAAGAGACAUGAGCAGAGUCAUUCUCCACAAUUCACAUGUAAAAUUUGUCUAAAGAAGUUCAGUUUCAUGUCAGCCUUGCGACGACAUGAGAAACAGCAUGAAAGAACAGGAAGUGUUUCUUGUGGACAAUGCAAUCGAAAAUUCCGAGAUGAAUCAUUAUUGAAAAGGCACAUGAAGUAUGCGCAUAAGGGUACAUUUAGUUGCAUCAAAUGCAGUGCAGUCUUUAACAGUGACUUAGCUCUACAUUCCCAUAUGAAAAUACAUAAGCCAGAGUCUGAGAGGAGGUAUCGCUGUAGUUUUACUGGUUGCAAAAAGUCAUUUAACUUUGCACAUCAUUUAAAACAUCAUGAAUUGACCCAUACAAACACCAAACAAUAUUUCUGUUCGGUAUGUGGGAAAGGUUUUAUUCAAUACCAUCACCUAAAGAGUCACGAAAAGAUUCAUAAACCGGAAGGUUGGCUCACAUGCUCAUUUCCAGGUUGUAAGAAAUUUUUUGCAACUGAACACACUUUGAGAAAGCAUAUUGAUGAUACCCACAAAAAUAACAAUGCUUCUUCAGAACAUAGUGAUCUUAGUACCAUUUCUAUUAAUGAAACUACUCAAAAUGAUUACGAUGAAUUUGCAGAUAUUGAUUCCAAACCUCUGACCGAUUCUGAUUUUAUAGUAUUAGAAAAUGAGGAAGUCCAGGACUGGCGAGAACAGUACUUAGAGAAACUUGAAAACCAGUACUCUAAUAGUGGAGCUUAUAAAACGGGUUUAAUCGAAAACGAAGAAUUAACAAUAUUGCAGAAAGUAGAUGCUCUUGAUUUGAAUGAAGAAGAGCCAAUCAGCAAUUGUAAGUCUAGUCUCGGAGGCUGUAUCAUGGGAGAAGAUGGAAACAGCAAACAAAAAUGUUUAUGUGCUCAGAUACAACCUAAUGCAAUAUCAAUUGAAGACACUUAUGAAUUGCUAGCUAAUAAAACUUGCAAGUCCAUCAACAAAAUAAAUGUUGAAACGGUUAAACUAAAACCAAUAAAAAUCAACAACAGCUGUGAUGAUUGUGGCUGUACAAGUGAUAUUUCAUACCAAAAUAUACAUGAAAAUUAUUCGAACUGUAGGAAUGUAACUGACGAAAUUAUAGAUUAUAAUUUAGAUGGGACAAUCAGAAUAAAAUCUAGUUUCGAUAUCGACAUAGAGCCUAUAUUAGAUUCAAAUGAAAAUAUAAACAUUGUCUCAAGUGGUGUUAUAAUGAAUACAAGUCCCUCUGACAAGAUCCCUUUUAACAGUUGCAAGGAGGUAUUAGGAAAUUGUAUAGUUAGUGGGAAUGGAACUAUCAGUGAAGGUUGCUUGUGUGCAAAAAUGGCUUUGGAUGAUCAGCAAAUGUUGGACCAAGAAAUAAAUGAGCUGACACCAUGCCCUAAGACAUAACGCGUUUUGAUCGUAUCGUAAUGUAUGUGUCUUUCUCUUGACAAGAUUAGUCUGUGAUAAUUAUGUAUUAAGGAAUUCUAGUGUCUAUCUGCAAUGAUAUGUGUUAAAGUCUGAAACAAUCUAAAACUGAAUAGGUACUAAAAUAUUUUAUAAACAUUUUGUGUCAUAUUUUUUAAGUCGUCCAUAAUUCUACAACUAUUUUCGAUAAAAUGGGUAUCUCUGCCCUGCUGACAAAUGCUUAUAGCCCAAGCAAUAGAGAAAACCGAAUAACAGAAUUUUACCACACUACUUUUUUACAGAUGUUAGGGUAGGCCACAAGAAGCUUAAGUUUAAAAAUCGGGGAAUGUAGGGUAACACUGGCCGCUAUAUAUAUUGGAAAACGUGUAAUCUCCGAAGUUAUUGAUUUUACGGUAAAAGUUGUAGAGUGCUUUUUUGUAUAUUACUAAAUUCCCUAACCUUUUUUUUUACCUAAAACUUUUUAUUAUAACUCUUACCGUUUUUUCAAUUAUUGUUGUUUAUUUGAACAUAUUUGUAGUUUUCCUUUAUAAAACCUUGAAAAUGCCAUUAAUUGAUAAAAAACAUCUUAUAAAAGUUUUUGGUCAUUAAAUUCCCUCAAGUAUAACCGCGAUCUUUGUUUCUUGGGCUAUUAUCAGAACUCAGUUGUCUAGACACUUUAGUAAUUAUUGAGAUAUAACAUUUGCUUAGUUACUCGACUAAGAUAAGCCUAUAUAUUACAUUUUAUUGUAAACGACUGUUACUUUAUAAAUAUUUUUAGUGGAUAUUGUAGUAUCUGAAGAGGUACCUGCUAUAAUUAAAGUACUUAUUACAUUCUUAAUAUUUUAUUAUUGUAGAAUCAAAAUAACAUUGUUAUUUAUGACUCUCUUUUCUUCAGCCAAGCUAGCCUAUGUACAAGAAAUAGGUUAUUGGUUUUAGUAAGUAAGUAACAAAUGACCUACUUUGUAUUGACUGUUAUAAAUUCAGAACGAAUUACUGUACAGCUGCAUUUUGCUAAAUCAAACCAAACCUAGUGGUUUUACAGCACUUUUUAUGUCUUUUAUAUAUGUAACCGGAUGAGUUGAGGGACUUUUACCUGCCAGCAUGAUCAUCGCGAUAUGAUACAUAACGCGUUUUUAUCACGCUCAAUUGUCAAAUAACUAUGCAGUUUGACAGUUAGACGAAAUAAAAAAAGUGAUAUAAUGUAAAUCGUGGUGCUCAUGUUACGGGGAUUGGGCAGGGACAUAGCCAGAGUUGUAUUUAAGAUAGGGCAGCGCUAAUAAAUGUAGGGCAUUGUCCUAUAAUUCCUCCUCCUAGCCACGGCCCUGCGUUUAGGUCGUAUUAUCACGACGCUUAAACAAUCAGAAUAUCAGCGUUCACGUGUUACAUUGUGUAGGUUAAUAAUGAUACAAUUGUGCGAUAGCAAUCCGUCUUUUUUGCGUAAUAUCGUAAUACGCGUAAAUUACGUAGUGUCUGUUCGUUUAAAAACGUCGUGUGCACAGACCCUUAAGCAGUAAUGUACUUAUUUUUUAAAUAUCCAUAAUUAUAAUUGAUUUGUAUCAAUAUAACUGUAUUCAAAGUAAACAGUCAAAAUAAGAUGUCUGAAUAAGGAUGAUAUUGCGAUGUUAUAAAAUGUUACUAACGUAUAAAUGAUACAAAUAAUUCUGUAUUUAACUUAAAAUUUAUUUACAACGUAAUUCUUUACAAUUUCAACCAUUUAUACAAAAUAUAUCUUAGUUAACAACUACUACUUUAAUUAUUAUAUUACAGUCAGACCCUCUAAGUUAAAAUAAGUGCGAAUGGAUUGUCCAUAUAUCUGCGAGUUAUCACAUUACAGCAUGGCAGAAUCAUAUUUCAUUCAUCACAUAGUAAUAUUAUAAUAUUUCAAUCAUUCAUGAUGUCCCGUAAUUUUGGAUAAAAUAACUACAAUAUACAUUAGUUCUGGUAACAAUUUAUAGUAGGAAUAUGCUCUAAAAUUUCUCCUGUGCGUGAGAAAAUAUUUAUAAUACGGUUACGGAAAUUCAGAAAAUUGCGAAAGUUAGCUUUUGCACCAAUCUGCAAUAAUAUCGAAGCAAUAAAUAAAUCUAAACCUCAAGUUGACAUGACUUUCCUAGAUUGACUAGUCUAAUAAAAUAUUAUGGGUAUGUCGACAUACUCAACGAUAAUAUUCCUCAUUACGUAGGUAGGCUAGGCACCAUUUAGUGAUACAUUUGUAUUCACACAGUAGAUUAGUACCUACAUUUAAUACCAAUAUGACUGUUGCAUUUACAUUGGUGUAAACUGUUUGUUCAAAUUAUUUGUUCGACAGUUACGAUAGAAUCACAGGAAAUAUAACAGCAAUUAAAAACUUACUGUACAAAACUAUCUAAACUAGUAAAGAAUUUUGUUUGCUACUUAUAACUUUUUGAGUCCUAUCACUAUUUUUUGUUGAAUCACUAGUGAUGUCAUUUAGAUUUUGAUUAGCUUCUUUAUCUAGGUUCUUUAAUGAAUCUUUCUCGGAAACGCUUUUACCGACAGGAAUCACGCUGAGGUCUUCUGGAACUGAAUUCGAUUCCGCAGUGGUUGUUACAAAGUUUGAGUCUAAAUCAUCAGUAUCUUGCAGGAACGAUGAUAUAGCCGAAGUAGAUUCCAUACCAUUACUAACAUUCAUCUUUGUGUUUUCCCAUUUUGAUAUUUCUGCAUUAUUUGUCAUCCUAUCAAUUUUGUCUUGUUCCGAUUCAUUGCUAAGGUUAUCAGUGCUAUUGUUUUCAAUUAUCUCAGUAGUAUUAUCACUUUUUUCUGUAACCAUCGUUACUGCUUCAUUACUUGACGAAACUUGUGUGUCUGACAUACUAUCCAGGUUUUCAUUUUGUGUUUCAUUCAAACUAUUUGGUUCUAAAUCAUGACCUUCUUGCAAUUUUUUAACAAGAUGUUUAUUGUUUUCUACUUCUGGUAAGAAAGGAUUUUCAGAUUCCUGUUCUUCUUGUUCUGCUGAGUGGGAAUUAGUGCCUGUAGUCGAAAAGGAUUCAUUUUGUUUAUGACUAGACACCUCGUACACAUUGACAUUUAAGUUACUGAUCUGUGUAACAUUUUUGCUGCCGUCACGACCAUUAGUUUCUAAAUCUUUUUUAGUACUUUCGGGAGUGGUUGUUGUUUCGUCAGGAAUGUUUCUUAAUGUCAUCUCAGAAUUCUUGUUUGAAUCUGACUGUAAUUCUUUAACAGAAAAGUCCAUACCUGGUUCAGAUUGUUCCCAUACAGGAGCUGGUUGCGGUUCUGGUGAUGCUACAAUAAUAUCUCGUCCCGUAGUUUUGUAAAUGUAGUCACUUAUCGUUGUAGUUUCAACUUUGUUGAGCAGCUUACCUUCCGUAGUAGUUUCUCUGGAAUCUGGUUUUGUCACCAAUUCCACUAACAUUACUGGUGUGGUGUUUGUUUCUUUAUCUUCAUCAACUCUUUUAACUCUUAAGUCGCCAUCAUAAUCUUGUACCAUACCAUAAAUAGGCACGUCUGUAUCAGCCAUUUUACUGUUAGUAGUGCCCAUAUUAUUGAAGUAAUCAGGUUCAAAAUCACUCUGAUUUGUUAACUCAUCUGUCUUGCUUAUGGGACUUUCGGUUGUUAGAGCUUUUUUCACUUUGUUCAUGUCGUCAUCAUAUGGGAUUUCUGUUACGUUCUCAAAAAGCCAGUCUGACUCGGUUGUCGUGUUUAUAUCUUCUGUUCCUUGCGUUGUUGUGUUUUCACCAAAUAUUGAUUUUGAAGACCGAUUGUAAAGAACUGGUGCUUUGAUGUCUUCAAACGUUAUAUCCAUAUUAUCAUCUUGUCCGCUUUUCUCUGUAGUAACAGAUUCUGAUGUUGUAGGAUUUUCUGUCUUAGUUUUAAGAGCAUCCAUCAAGUAUUUAUCUUCUUCAGAAUUAUUUAAUUUGUUUAAUGAGAAUUUUGUGCCUACUUCAGGUUCUGCUGUAGUAGUACGAACUAAAAUAUCCUCAUUAGAUUUAGAUGGUUCUACUGUAGUAGUUGUUUUAGUUUCACUUUCAGUAGGAAUCUUAACCUCACUGUUAGUAUAAUUUGAUGUUACUAUCGGUGCAGGUGUGGUCAUUGAAACUGACGUAGUUUCGCUGUAUUCCAUAGAUGGCAUUGUAGUCAUUUCCUCGUUAUUUACAAUAGUAGUUUUUUCAUUUGAAACGGCCACAUUUCUAUUUAUUAGAUUAUUAAAAGAAAUAUCCUCGUUAUUGUUUUCUCUGUUUGUCGUAGUUUCAUCUAAUAUUUCAUUAUCAUCUGAUGAAAAUGAUCUAGACUGUGUGAAUUCAUCAAGUCUAUGUACAUUUAUAAUGCCCUGACUACUAUCUAACCAAUCGCUUUCUGUAGUUAUUUCAGUUUCGUUUUUGGUUUCCAGCAAAUGGUGUUUGCUAUUCGAUUGAGUUUCGUUGUCACUUGUCUUAGUCGUUUCGCUAUCAAUGACAAAUUCAUUUUUAUAAAUAUUUGGUUUUACUUCGAGAAAAGUUGGUUCAGUUUCUUGACUUUCGUCUGAUUCAUCAAUUGCACCUGGUAUAUGCAAUCCAAGUUCUGUCGAUGUCAUAUGUUGAAUCGAAUCUUGUAUUGUUUCAGGUUCUGAUGUCGGUUCUGGUUCAGUAGUAGCCUCUGAUUCAGGCAAAUUUGAGUGUAUGUGCAUAAGGUGGUCUAUGUUCGUUUGCGUAGGUUCUAAAGUAGGUUCCGGUUCAAUUGACAUAUCUGAUGGAAGUCUGCUAUUAGAAUUCGGUGUGGCUGGUAGAGUUUCUGUUGAUGGGCUUUGUUCUAAACUGGGAUUGGGUUCAGCCGUUGGUUCAGCUGUUGGUUCAGCCGUAGGUUCAGGCUUUGGAACAGAUGAUUGCUCAGUUGCAGAUUUAACUGAUGCAGCAACAGAAAAUUCGGUAUUUGAUUUGGCAGUUGGUUCCGCGGUUGGUUCAGCGGAAGGUUCGGCAGUUGGUUCGGCAGCUGGUUCUGCGGUUGGUUCAGCUGCUGGCUCAGCGGCUGGUUCUGCGAUAGGUUCUGCACCUGCUUCAGCGGAUGGCUCGGUACUGGGUUCUGCGCUUGGCUCAGCAGCUGGUUCAGCGGAUGGCUCAGUACUGGGUUCUGCGCUUGGCUCAGCAGCUGGUUCAGCGGUCGGUUCGGCCACUGGUUCUACAAGUAAAUCGCUGUAUGAGUUGCCGGACUGUUCGUCGGUUGGUUCAGGCGAAGGUUCUGCAGAUGGUUCAGCGGUAGGUUCAGCAGCUGCCUCAGUAGUAGGUUUGGCAGAAGGUUCAGCGGAUGGUUCAAAUGUCAUUAUAAAAGUUGGCUCAUCGAUUUCAGCGUGUAAACCUUUCACCCCGUUAGUCUCUGUGCUUGGUUCAGGUUCUGGUUCUGAUGUAGGCUCUGGUCUUGGCUCAGCUUCUGGUUCAGGCGCAUGACUAUUGUGACGCUCGAUGUUCUGAUUUUCCGUUGUUGUAUCAGUGUCAUAUGUUUUAUGGAAUGAAUUUUGUGAAUAGGUCAUUACAGAUUCAAAAUCAUCUGGCUUUUCGUUUUCUGAAACAGGUUUUGUUGUGCUAGGAUUUGUACUUGUUUCGAGACUCACGUCCUUCUGCUUGUUAUCUUCAUCGAAAACUGUUUGCUCGGAGUUCGGGAAAAGUGUAGUGCACUUUUUAGGAUUUGCAAUAUCUAAAAUUUUACCAGGUGGGCACGUGCAUGUAAAAUCUAAACUAGUAUCAUCAAAUUCGCAGUUGUACUGACAUUCGUUAUUACUAAAUUUACAUAAAUCCAGAACUGGUCUUGAUGUAAUUUUAUCUUCAGCCACAUGGUAAGUACUAAUCAUUCUGUCGUUUCUGGAAAGAUAAUCGUUCAGUUUUGUCUGUAACGAUUUUGCUGUCAAUAAAUUUUCGCUGCUUUCUGCGUUUAGUUUCGGAGUCCAGUGUAUUCUGUAUGUUACUAAUAACGAUCCCUUCCUGGAAAUAAGAAUAACACAAUUAUUGUAUUUUUUUACAAACAUAAAUACGAUGCCUAGAUCUGAGUGAAGUUGAAGCGUAAUUUUAAUUUAGAAUCUUUAGUGGAGUGUAGAUACUCUUAAAGUUUGGAAAAAAUCGAGAAUUGCUUACUUGAUUUCAAUGACUUCAACAGUGAUGUCGUUAUUUCCGUUUUCUAUGGUGUUCCUAUCGAAAAGAGCCCGUUUUAGUGCAUCACUGAAGGUGGAAGCAAACUCUUGAUACUCUGAACUGUCAGGGUUUUGCAUUUCAGGAGUGUACUCUUCAUUAUCGAUUCUCAAUUCACCUUCCACAGUGCGAGGAACUGCAAGAAAACGAAAAAUUUGUUAGGUAAUCUGUUUAUUUGGAGGACAUUGUAAAAUAUCAUCAUUAUUAUCAGCGUAUUUAUGUUCUUACUGCAAAGGCACAGGCCAUCCGUGUGAAUAGAAUAGAGAAAAUGUUUCAUGAUCCACGACACUAGCAAAGUGCGGUUUGGUGAGUGCUGACGACUAUAGAUGCAGCCGAGACCAACGGCUUAACGCCUUCCGAAGCAUUGAGGAGUUAAGAGACUAAAUUUUUACUUAACUUUCCUAUGACCACUGCGAAUGUUGCUUAACAUCUACGAUCGCAGAACAAACUCGCUAAUCACUGUGCCAUGGAGCUCUUCAAUAGUACCAGUAUAUAUUAUGAUAAUUUUUAGGAUAAGGUUAUAUUGCUGAUGUAAUGUAAUGUAAUGUUUGGAAUACAUUCCAUACUUUAUGAUCAAAGAACUGUCUGUCUCUAGUAUAAAGUAUAAAUCCUUAAUUAAUUUCAUGAUUUAAUAUAACCUAAAUAGUAGUUGUUUAAACUGUGGGCACUUCUCGUUUAUGAGUUCACAAUAUGGUGUAAUGUACUCAUUUGGUGGAAAAAUAUAUCUUGUACGUACCAUACAUAGAAGAGUCUGUGACUUCGUCGGAUCCCAAGUUACUGUCGAGAGCCUCGUCGUUCUGCGUUGCUUGUUGCGUGGUGGUCUCAGCUGGAUGCGCGUGGUCGAGGUGGUCAUCGUGCACGUGGUCGUCUUGGUUGUGGUCGUGAUGGCUGUGGUCGUGGACAUCAACGGCGGGUGUGUCGUCAUUGAAACUUCCGAGGCCGCCGAGAGCACGCGCUUUGCUGACAGAUGAGUUGUAUUGUUCCACGGUGGUUGGGGAGUUCGUGAAAAGCACACCGGCUGGAAUAAUAUAUCUUAGUAUCAACCAAGGGCAAGCCAACUUGAGGACUGGCUAUUAGGAUAUUUAUUUAUGCCAUAACAAUCAAUCUAAACCUAGCCAUUUGAGAUUUGGCCAUUGAAAUUAUAUUUUUCUAUGAAGGUAUAUUUUCUUAUCUCUCUUAUGUUGUAUGGUGCUUAGGCAACAUUUGAAGUUCUGCAGAGUAUAUCGCUACGAAGCUGCAUCAAUGAUCGCGAUAAAUGCAGGUGUGGGAAAUUUGCCGGAAGCUUGACUCGUGGUUAUUCGACACACAUCAAAGGGAUUGGGGGGAUAAUAUAUUUGUGUGUGCAGGUCAAGGAACUACUUGCUCAGUAUUUGAUUAUCCAACACCUGCGAUCGCAGACCGUACCCGUCUUCGAAAUGUGCUCCGUGAAAAUCUAAUUGGUAGCGGAAACUCUGAGAGAAACUUCCAGCUUGUCAAUCUAUUGAAAGAGAAUUUAACGGGUCCCUUAUCUCGAAUUUUGGGAACAAGACAUGAAUGCCAAGGUUUUAAUGCCCCUUGACUACCUAAUUAUUCGUGGUUAUGUAAAAUCACUGGUGUAUGCGAACAAUAAGAACUGUCGAAGUCUUCAAGAGCGCAUUAUGUUAAAAACUAGUGCAUAAAUGGACCUUUCGUAUUCACGCUAGCAUACGAAGCCGAGGUAGUAAUUUAAACAAUGUGGUAUUACAUACAUAUACCGAGAAACUUCCAAAUAAAAGUAACCAAUCAAUUUGGUUUUAAUUGAAUCCUAUAUAUACGAAAUGUUUUGGUACUCACUAGCUGCUAGAACUAUCAGUGCU